UAAUGUUUUGAUUAUUGGUCUUUCUGCCUUUCAGUUUGUCAGAGUGUACUUCUCAGUCUAUAACUAGUCGCCAUGCUCUCUACACCCACACAUUUCUGUAGACAGGAAACAGGUUAAUUCUGGCCUCAACGUGUGAUCUGAGGAGACUUACUGUACUGUACGCUAUGUGUUGAUGCGGAAAGGCAGCAUUAGACCGUUUGAGGUGGGAGCCCAUGAUGCUAAAAUGUGAUGUUUGACCUCCAAAUUAUCUUGGGAUUAAUAAGGAAAGAACCCCAUGGAACCCUCCACUGUCAGUAUGUCGUCAGCAGUGGAGUCCAGUAUGUACACCAGUAUCCGGGCCAUCCUCAGACAGGCUGCCUCCUCAUGCAACAAAGGUAUGCUGAGGUGGACUCUUCAUAAGAAGGUGGAGACCCAUCCGUCUAACAGUGUCUCACUGGUCAGGGUUCUGGUCAAAGAGCUGGAGAAGGUGGAGAGGAUUGACGAUAAGAUGCAUGUCAUUCCAUUGCUUCACACUCUCAUCUAUGUUAUUAUUCAGCAGUCUGCCCACAUUCCAUGUAACCUGUAUCAGAGAGUGUAUGAGUGCUUGAAAAGGCUGCUAACACUUCCAGAGCCCUACUGUACUAUCACACUGAGAUACAUGAGGAGCAUAAAGAUGGAGCAGAUCACACCAGGAGCUUUGUAUCAGAGAAGGGUCAUUGCUGAGCAGAGCCUAAGGAACAAACAUUUUCCCAAGCAGGAAAGGGUAUUUGUGUUUGCAGACCCUGCUGUGUUCUCAGGGCCCAUGUGGCAGGCGGUGAGGGCAGACCUGGAGCUGGCCAGCCCCCAAAGUGACACACUGGCAAGACGGGUGCUACUGCACACUCUGCAGGCUGGACUGGUGAAGGCCUGUCAUGGCCCCAUACUGACUCAAGCUCUGGAGGAUCUAGGAGAAGAUGUGGAGCAGUACUUCCAGGAGGUGGUGUUAGCUGUAGAGCAGAGUAUAGAGAACGGCGAGGCUGGCCGUGACCAGUACCAGACCAGGCUACAGCACAUCUACAGUGACAUCCUGACCUCUGCUAACCAAGACCCAAAGGCCCGGGGCUCUCUUUCUAACACUCCAUUGCCCUCUCCAAAGAUUCACUUCCACCUGUGGACAAACGAAGAGGAGCUGUGGAAUGAGCUGGUGAACUUCACCCUAAACGUUUCCCCUUCUGAGCGGAACUCUAUGUACCAGGAGGAGGAAGAGGAGAAGGAUGUGUCCAAGAGGGGUUCCCUCCUGUCUGUUGACAGUGGAAUAGAGAAGGACCUGUCUGACAUGGAGGAGCGGGAACAGAGCAAGCUAUUCACCCGGUCACGGUCACCGGGUUUCAGAGGGAGAAUGAAGCCGGAAGACAAAAUGGCGCUGGUGCAGGAAAACAUCAAGGGGCCCACCAGUAGCACCCCUCUCCCUAAAGAGGAGGGGAACCAUACAGCACGCAUAGUGGUGAUGGGAGACGACAGGGUGCUGGGGAGACUGGCCAAGGCGUAUCACUCCAUCCGAAAAAAGGAGGCAAAACAUCUCAUCUUGACCAAGAGAGUGAACCUACAGAUAUACUACAUCCCUGUCACUGAUGAGCCCAUCGUCAAUUCACCUGGAAGCACAUCACAAGUUGGAGACAGGUUGUCUCUAGCCUCGUUCUUAGGAAGGGUUGAUCCCUGGUACGAGAGCAACAUCAACAGUUUGGGAGCCAUGAUUCCAAAGCUGGCGGAAACGCAGUCCAGUCACAGCAGGUCAUCAGAACCCAACCGAUUCCUUGUGGAUGUCCUCUCCUACUACCUUCGCUGUGGCCUACAGCCUGUCCACUUCACACUCUACUCCGUCAAGAUAUCUGUCUCUGGCCAGACUGGCAGCCCUGUGGAGGAGGUGUUUGUGUCCCACCUGGAAGCAGAGUUCCCAGAGUUUAAAACCCUCAGAGAAAAUUUGAGACAAGAGAGAUCUAGUAGGCGACGAACAAGGAAGCCACUUGGAACCUGUGGAGCGAUGGUUUCUGUGAAUUACAGUAAGGUCUCCUUGAGCAAACAAGAGGUUGUUAAGGGAAUGUCAGUGAUGACAUGUGGAGUGGUCAUCAGUGCAAUAUCACCCAAUGAAACAGAAGGUCUUGAUUUCCUCACUGUCAAUUUUGACAGCACAAAUCCAAGAUGCUGCGCGGAGAUCAGAACCCAAAACAUUAAACUCAGAAUCCUGGAGGAUAAGACCUUCACUGUCUGUCUGGACAAAGACUGUCGCAGGAAAUACACACAUGUCCAAAGCAUUGAGAUCUCUCCAUGCUUGGAUCCAGGGUAUUGCCUCCAGACAAGUAACAAGUCCAAUUUCAGUGUGGGAGAGGAGUGGGAGGCGGGGCUGAGCAGGUACUUGUGCAAGAUCCUGCCUCUGCCAAUCAACACCUUCACUGGCAUCAACCACUGAGGGGAUUUGAUUAUUUGGCCUGGGCUCCGGCCCGGGCUCCCUCCCGGGCGUGAGCCAGGUGCCCCGCUCUGGCCAACGGCGAAGGAAGCUAAAAACAAAAGUGACGCAGGUUAAACAUGUGGAGUAAUGAGUAGGAUUCUGUGUUUUCACAUGCAAAAGGGAUUUAUUUUGAUAAAAAAAACACUUUAUCUUCCCAAUGAAAACUAGUUUGAAAAUUCUAACAUAUAUUUUAUGAAAAAGAGAUGUUGUUUGUAUUUUUGGGGGUAUUUUAUUAGGAUCCCCAUUAGCUGUUGCAAAAGCAGCAGCUACUCUUCCUGGGGUCCACACAAAACAUGAAACAUGGCAUAAUACAGAACAUGAAUAGACAAGAACAAGUCAAGCACAGAACUACGUCAAAUUCUUUUUUUUUUUAGGCACACGUAGCCUACAUAUCAGUACAUACACACAAACUAUCUAGGUCAAA